AUGGGUCCGGAAAAUAUUUUUCGACCCGAUGAAGGACUCUAUAUACAAGUUGGUUUAGAAAAAAUUAAGAAAGGAUUACUUAAAGCAUCAGCAUUAGUUCCCAAUGCUGCCGAUUCGAUUAAAAAUCUUCUCAUGAAUGUAUUUAAAGAUGAGUAUAAUCAAAUCAUGUGCUGGCCGUACAUGAAAGGAAAUGUUCAAAAUCGUUUAUGUCAUAUCGAUGAUAAAGCUGUUUCUGAUGAAAUUAUGAAUGAUAUUGAAAUGCUUCAAUUAUCUAAUUCAAGCACUGUAUUUGAAUUAGGAUCAAAAUGA